UCAAACUUACCAAUGACUGCAAGCAUGUGUCAUCUUUUGCUCUCAUGAAACACUCAUCUUUUCCAGACUUCCAGUAAAGAUAAAAUGAACCAAGGAAUUCUGCAAUGGAAUCCCUCUUCUCCAAACCCCCUCUCACCCUUUUCUCUCUCCUCAUCCCUACCCUCAACAAUCCCAUUUUCCCUCAAAUUCAGACGCAUAACCCUAAUCUCAGCAACCAUAAAAUCCCUCGAAGAAGAAGAGAACUUACCCGCAAAAGAGAGAAGAAAGCUUCGGAAUGAGAGGAGAGAGAGUAAAUCCUUCAAUUGGAAAGAGGAAGUGGAGAUGAAGCUCAUUAAGAAGACUAAGAAGAGAUAUGGGUCGUGGAUGGACGAGCUCAACCUUGAUACUUUGGCCCAAUUGGGCCCUCAAUGGUGGGUUGCUCGGGUUUCUCGGGUUAAUGGUCAUGAGACUGCUGAAAAGCUUGCUCGUUCUCUAGCUAACAACUUCCAUGAAAAUGAUUUUAAGCUUUAUAUGCCUGCAGUACAAGAGAAAAGGAAAUUAAAGAGUGGUUCGUUAUCAAUCAAGUCAAAACCGCUAUUUCCUGGAUGCGUCUUUUUGAAGUGUGUGAUGAACAAGGAGGUACAUGACUUCAUUAGAGAAUUUGAAGGCAUAGGAGGAUUUGUUGGAUCCAAAGUUGGAAACACGAAACGACAGAUAAACAAACCCAGACCGGUAUCUGAAGAAGACAUGGAAAUAAUGUUUAAACAAGCAAAAGAAGAGCAGGAGAAAGCUGAUCAAGCCUUCGAAGAUGCUCAGAAAUCAGUGAUUAGCGCAGAGAUGCCUCUUCUCGAGUCUGAGUCUGGUUCUCUGGAAACACUUAUUGAUGCAAAUAAAAAAGGAACAACCAAGAAGAUUUCAAAGUCUGCACCAAAAGAAAGAAAGAAAAAGAUUCCGAAAAUUGGUUCAACUGUUCGAGUUGUUUCUGGAUCCUUUGCAGAGUUUUCAGGCAUCCUCAAGAAGGUGGAUAAAAAGAACGAUAAGGUGACUGUCGGAUUCACGUUAUUUGGCAAGGAAACCAUUGCCGACUUAGACAUCAAAGAAAUCGCAGAGGAGGCAGUGAUUGCAGUGUAAUCUAAUGUAGGAAUCUGGUUUGUAAACCUAGUGUAUGUAAUUGUUUGUUGUGUUUUAGAUGAGUGAAUGUAUAUUACAGAGUGAAUAUGUGUACUAUUUUUAGAAGUACAGUUAUGUUCUAUCCUCCUUCAUUCUACUGAGAUCAUUGCACAUUUGCACACUCACAUAAAA